AAGUUCUGUUGAUUCAUUUCAAUUCUAAUACACUUACUGACUGUUUUUUAUUUUAUUCUAAAUAUAAUUUUAAAACAUUAAUAUAUAAUAAAAGAAAAGUGUUAAUAAAAACCGGUCUAUUAUUUUUUUAUUUUAUAAAAAAUAUUUUUUAUAAUUUAUAAGUGAAUUUUUUUAAAAAAUAAUUUUUUAAUUUAAAUUAAGUGAAAAAAGGAAAAUUUAACAUUAUGCCAUUCACACGCGAUAUUGUUGAAGAAAUUAGUAAAGAGAAGAUGACUAAAUCAGAUACAAUAAGAUUAAGAAAUCGUCAUAUUGGGAAAUCAUGCCAAUUAUUCUAUCGUAAUGACCCUCUAAAAAUUGUCCGCGGUCAAGGUCAAUAUAUGUUUGAUGAAGAAGGUACCCGAUAUUUGGAUUGCAUUAAUAAUGUUGCUCAUGUUGGCCAUUGUCACCCAAAAGUUGUACAAGCUGGUUGCUUUCAAAUGGCAGCACUUUCAACAAACAAUAGAUUUUUACAUGAUGAACUUGUCCAAUGUGCAGCAAAUUUAGUUAGUAAAAUGCCCGGAAAUCUUUCAGUUUGUUACUUUGUCAAUUCAGGAUCUGAAGCAAAUGAUUUGGCAUUACGUUUGGCUAGAACACAUACAAAACGGAAAGAUAUUAUAACACUUGAUCACGCUUACCAUGGUCAUUUGAGUUCAGUUAUGGAAAUUUCUCCUUACAAAUUUAAUCAACCAGGUGGUGAACCAAAACCUGAUUAUACUCAUGUUGCUGCUUGUCCUGAUAUAUAUCGUGGAAAAUAUCAAGAUAAAAAUUAUCCUGGUGCAGAUAUGGGAAAAUUAUAUGCAAAUGAUGUUGAAACAAUAAUUUCAACUUUAGAAAAUGAAGGGAAAGGAAUUGCUGGAUUUAUUGCAGAAAGUUUACAAAGUUGUGGUGGUCAAAUAAUACCACCAGAAGGUUAUUUUCGUAGAGUUUAUAAAGCUGUUCGUGCUUCUGGUGGUGUUUGUAUUGCUGAUGAAGUUCAAGUUGGUUUUGGACGUGUAGGUUCACAUUAUUGGGCAUUCGAAACACAAGAUGUUGUUCCAGAUAUUGUAACAGUAGCUAAACCUAUGGGUAAUGGACAUCCAGUUGGUGCUGUUGUAACAACACCUGAAAUUGCUGAAAGUUUUGCAGCUAGUGGAAUUUGUUAUUUUAAUACUUAUGGCGGUAAUCCAGUUUCAUGUGCAAUUGCAAAUGCUGUAAUGCGAGUCAUUGAUGAAGAAGAUUUACAACAGAAAGCCAAAGAAACUGGCAAAUAUCUAUUGAAAAUGUGUGAACAAUUAAAAGAAGAAUUCGAAAUAAUUGGUGAUGUACGUGGAAUUGGUUUAUUUGUAGGAAUAGAAUUGGUAACAAAUAGAAAAAAUCGGCAACCAGCAACAGAAUAUGCUAGAUGGGUUGUUAAUCGAAUGAAAACUGUUCAUAAAAUAUUAGUUAGUUCUGAUGGCCCAGAUGAUAAUGUUGUAAAACUAAAGCCUCCAAUGUUAUUUAAUCGUGAAAAUGCUGAUGAAUUUUUAUUAGGAUUCAGAGAAUGUUUAUCAUUGAUUGAAAAUGAAAGAAAAACUGUAACAGAAGGAACAUGUUCAACUUUAUCAUCUAUAAAUUCAAAACCCACAAAUAUUAUUUCAACUAAAAAUGAGCAAUUGAUUAAGUCAGUUUAAGUUUUACAAACAGAAAAAAAAUAUUAUAUAUUUUUGAAAUAAGAAUUUAGGAUAGAAAAUUUUAGAAUUAUAAAAAUAUUAUUUAGUUUUUAAGAAAGAAAAAGCUUUAUUAUACUUUAUUAUUUUACACUUUGUGUAAGUUCAUGGAAUAUAUUUACAAUUUACCUCAAAAAGGUAUUGACAUUAAAAAAAAAAUUAAUAUCUGCACAAAAAUUAUUUUUGAGACACAAACAUAAUUUUAUUUUUCUUUUAAAAAUUUUAAAAUGUUUUUGUUUUUAGAGCGAUUGUGUAAAUUUAUUUUAGAUUCAUUAAAUAUAUUAUUUCACGAAGG